AUGCUGAAGCAAGUCACAAGGCUGUUUGACCCCAUUGUCGACCCUGCUGAGAGCGCCCAGCCAUCGCGCAUUGCUCUCUGGAACCAGCUGCCCUAUUACCUGAAGGACCUAACCCUGGGCGGCCCCCUGAGCGAAAACCGAGCCAACCGGAUCGAGAACGUGAAACCCAGCCGCUCCAAGAAGGCAGGCCGGGCGAAAGACAAGGGCGAUGCCCUUCCAACUGUUGCCGAUGCCGCCGGCGAGGAGGCGACCGAUGGCGCCCCGCGGCUCCAGGAGCUGAAGAAGGAUGUGUUGCAGCACUUUCGCAAGUGGCAGACGGCUGUGCACAGGAGAAUCGGCGAGAUUUCGGUCAAGAAGGGACCCGAAGCUCAACCCCGCCAGUUUGGUCAAUCGCCCUUUGGACCGAAGAGACGCCCGUCUCCCAACAAGAGAGGCAAGUUGAGUGGCCCGAAGGUCCCGCCUGCACAAGUUCCGACUGUGGAAGCCGACCCUGUAUUGGCACAGGUCUAUCCGCCCACCCCGACAACGCUCUCCUCGCUGGGGGUAGAGAAGAGGUGCCUCCUGCUCCACUGUCUGCUCCUCCUGCUGCUUUCCCUGGAGCAUUACAAUGCCCAUACCCGCGUCCUGCUCCUGAACCUUGCGUCCUCUCUCCAAUUGCCUGCUCGAAUCCUGGCCGAGGAGGAGAUCAGGGUGGGCGGAGCCUUGUCCCAGGUCGCCAAGACCCUGCCGCCAGACCUUCUCACGCAGAAGAAAACCGAGGACGGCAAACCGGCGAGAAAGUGGAAGGCUGCGCUCGCGAGCAUGGCCAACGCCGCCGUCGGAGGAGCAGGCGGAAGCCUCGCUGAACCGCUCAUGGCGGCUGGUAUCGGAUCACUCCCUGGAACUGCUGCUGGUGCUGGGAUUCCAGCCACGGCUGCAGUCGGACUCCUCGGUCCGAUGGCUGACAACGCGCUGUUUGUUGGAGCGCUGUUCGCCGUGUACGGCGCCAGAGCUAACGGCAAGAUGAUGGAGCACUACCUCCGAGACGUCUGCGACUUCGCCUUCAUACCGCUCCGUGGUGCGACCGGUCCGCACUCUGAGAUGGGCAAGAUCGCGGCAGAAAACCGCCGGCUCCGGGUCGUUCUCGGCAUCAGCGGUUGGCUGACGAACAAGACUGACAGCAUUGCCGACCACUGGCAGUGCUUGGGCGAACAGACCGAAGUGUACGCCGUCCGGUGGGAGCUCGAGGCCCUCGUCAAGCUGGGCUCGUCGUUCGAGACGCUGGUGAGGAGCGCAGCGUGGUCCAGGGCGAAGAAGGAAAUCAUGGCUCGGACCAGUGAGCCACGUUCCAGCUUCCCAGCUCAGGCUGCACUGAGUGCUAAUCAGCAAGGGCCAGUUUUCGCAAACCUGGUCGACGGUCGCUGGCCCGAGAGCCUGCUCAAAAUCAGCAAGAUCGUCGACAACAGUUGGAACAACGGCAUGGUCCGGGCCGACAAGCUCGGGGCUGCGCUCGCCGACGUCAUCAUGGGCAAGGCGCAGGGCGAGCGGGGAGUGUCGUUGAUCGGCUAUAGCCUCGGCGCCCGUGCCAUCUACGCCUGUCUGAUGUGUCUGGCUGAGAGGCGGGCCUUUGGGCUCGUUGAAAACGCGGUGAUGAUGGGCACGCCGGCACCUUCGGAGCCCACGGCGUGGUGUGCGAUGAAGAGCGUGGUCUCGGGCCGGCUGGUCAACGUGUACUCGGAGAACGACUACAUCCUGGGGUUCCUGUACCGGACCAGCAGCAUCGAUUACGGCCUGGCCGGGCUGCAGCAGGUCACCGGAGUGGACGGCAUCGAGAACGUGGACGUAACUGCUAAGAUCAGUCUCCACCCGCGAUACCGGUUCCUCAUCGGCAGCAUCCUGCGGCACAUCGGCUGGGAAGACACGGAUAGGGAGCAAAUCGCCCGGGACGAAGCAGAGAUGUCGUUUUACGAGGACCGCAACCGGAAGCACGAGGAGCGACGGAACACCAUCGAGUGGGGCGAAACGGAGAUCAAGAAGGGAAGCGAGCCGGGCGUUAUCCGGACUCGGAUGCGAAAGAAGAAUAAGAAGUGA